AUGAACGACUUAUCUUCUUUUGAUACUGAUUAUGAUUACAAUAGCUUUAUAAAUGCUUACAUAGAUAAUAAUAAUAUUUACAUGAAUUAUGAGACUUCUGAUAAUGAUAUUUAUAUGAAUUAUAAUGAUAAGGAGAGGGUAAUUGAGGAAGAUAAAUCAGAUUUAGAGUAUGAAUAUGAAGAAAAUACUGUACCUAUAUAUUCUUUGGCUAAAGAUCAGAAUGGUUUAAAUGUUAUAGUCAAAAGAAAG